AUGAGUGAUAAAGAGCCAUUAUUAAAGAAACAUAACAAAUUACUUAAUGAUAAUGAUAACGACAAUGAAAACAAAAGUUUUUCUCAUUGGCGUCAAUACUUCAGUCGGCAAAAGACUGAUGAUAAGAAUAAAAAGUUAGAUGAUGAGAUCAAGCACACUACUAAAGAUAUUCCAGUCAGUGUUUUUCAAUUGUUUCGAUUUGCUGAUCGUAUUGAUCUUCUUCUUAUGAUGAUUGCUCUAUGUUUGAUGUUGGUGCAUAUAGCUUGUAUUCUCGCAAAUGUAAUUCUUUUUGGUCGAAUCACGGGAUUAUUUGCCACUACAUCAUUUGCUGUUGAUUGUGACGAUCAUUAUGAAAAUUUCACAUCUGCAAUUAUCAAUAAUAGUGUAUGUCCUCUUGGAAUUAAUCUUAAUCCAUUAAAUUAUGACCGAUUACAUAAACUAUGCGAUUAUAAUAAUAAAACAAUUUCAUCGACAUUAUCUCCAUUAACGCCUUUAUUUCAUGAAAAUGUUAUGCAUCUAGUUUAUUGGUUCUUUAUAAUUGAAUUUAUUCAAACCAUGGUUUUCAGUAUAAUCAUAUGUUUUAUUCUCAAAUGGCAAUUAUCUUUAAUCAUGUCUUGUAUAAUUCCAAUUAUUGUUGGUAGUUCAUUUAUGUUUGCUAAGAUCAUCACGAAAGAAACAGAAGAGCAAUUAAAUACAUAUUCAAAAGCUGAACAAAUCGCUCAAGAAGUAUUUAGUUCAUUAAGAACUGUUCUUUCAUUCAAUGGAAGUAAAUGGCAACAAAAACAAUACGCCAAAGAAUUAAAAUUAAAUGAAUGGUGUACUGUUCGCAAAGAUGUUGCAUUUGGUGCAUUUUUCGAUUCGAAUUCUCCACAUUCGAAUACACCUUGUCCAAUCUUAAAAAAUUUCUUCAUUAAUUAA